AGGAAAGGUAAAAAAUGGAGGGUCCCCUUAGUCCAGACAAUGUUUUGGAAAUUCUUGACCGCUUGAAACGAGCUGACCUUGAAAUCAAACAAGAUGUCAAGAAACUCCAAGACUUGGAAAAACACACCCAAGAGAGAGAAUCAUUGCUCCUUCAGAUUGCGAAAUCCCGCUUGAAUACCUUGAAGGCCAAGGACAAGCUGUACCGUAAGCAGACUCGAUGGGUGUCUGAGUUCCAAUCACGAAUGAAGAACGAUAUUGACAAUCAUUGGCGGGAAGUUCAGCAAAUGGAUCGGGAUCUGAUGAAAGAGAAGAACAUCCGACAUGACAUUCUCAACGAAAUGAAGAAGGGCUUCUUCAACUUAGAAGGCCAGAAUUUUGGCUGAAAAAUUGCCCAGAGUAUGGCUGUGACCUUUUUAUCGAUGUCACCAUUACAAGGCUUUAACUAUUAGUACAUGGGCCGACCCGCCCCAAGCCAUGACAUAAAAUUAAAUCACCAAUGCCUUCAAGUCGCAAAUCGUGGAGACACGCACUUUAGUCGUCUUUUAAAGCUAGUUCUUAAAUCGGGCAUAUAGUCGAUAGUAAGCACCUUCAUUGAUUGGAAGAGGUGACCCCUUUAGAAUCUAAGGAAAAUAUCAACACAUGCUUGUGUCUUUACGCCCAUAAAUAUGUUUGCUGAAGAACUCGCUCCUUUGAUUUUAAGGAUUCGCCGGACUAAAGAUUAGCAAAAACGUAUCUUGUUUUUGUUAGACUAAGCAAGGCUAAUGCGAUUAACUCUCAACGGCUGGUUUCUUAUAUGGCAAAACCAAGACUAAGCAAGCAUAAGAGAAGAACUCGUCUGAAAAUGUAUCGGUCGGUUUAACUUCUUAAUUCAAUUACAGAGCGCAUUUAGACUUACCCAGGCACUAGAAUCGAUAUAUUGUCUAUGGGUUUCCAAAUGAACGGUUUUACCACGCCUGACACUACCUGCAUUUGAAAAUUUGGUUCCAUUUUUGAGCGAGAUCUUAAAGCUUAAAAUACUUCAAAACUGGCUGAACGGGUCGGGAAUGUCAAUAACAUCAAAGAGUAACUCUAGACGGAGUGUCAUUCUCAAGGGUCUAUGUUUAUCAGAGCCCAAUUUUUCAAAGCCAAGGAGUGAAUCUUAGAUCGAGAAAAGAUCGUACUACGUAUUCUACAUAAGUUGGAUCUUUUCUCGAUUUAAGAUUCACUCGUUGGCUUUAAAAAAACCUGGGCUCAGUUGCCCUCAAGGGAGAUGUUGGGUCUUUUAUUAUUCACUAUAUUCAUGAACAAUCUGCAUGAGCUAAAACCUUUUCAAAUUUCAAAUUUGCAGAUGACUCCAAAGUUUCCAUUACGAUCGGUUAAUCGUCGAGGGAUGAAUUUGAAUUUCAAAUAGAGCUCGGCCAAGCAUUUUCAAUUGAGUAAGAACAUUUAAGGUGGUUUUCAACGUUUCCAAAUGUCAGCUAAUGAGCUUUGUCACUAAGAAAGUCACUCCGACCGAAGAUCUUGGUGGUCCACCUUUUAAGUAUGUUCAGGUGUAUCUAACUAAUAGAUAGCAUCCAUAGAGGAAGAGAAGACUGCUCCAACAACUUCUGUGAAUUGAUAAGCCCUCAAGUGAGAGAAAUCCAGCGCCAAAAGUACUGUCUUGAAGUUAAACACAGUCCAUUGUUUUUCAUUGCCUGACCUAGAGCCACUAUAUUAGAAGAGUACGCGCAUGAGAUUUUUGGUCCCAAAACGUCAUUUCCAUUGUACUGUGGUUCUUCAGUUCACCCCCAAGGCGUCUUUUCCUGUGUUAUGUAUUUACUUCAUUAUUGUUGAACUCCGCAAGAAAAUAAAUCGGGUGCAAGAUU